AUGCCUUCCCCAAGCGCUUCUCCCUCGCCUGCCCCACGGGUCGCCACGGAAGCAGCGCACCUACAGGGGCUCAAUGUUGAUGUCCAGAACCAGCAGGACUUAGAGAGAGACUUGGCUCAAAAGGCGGACAAGCUAUUGGCCGAGAAGGCGGAGGAAAAUGAGACUAAACGCCUCGAGAAAGCGCUUGGUGAAAAAGAUAAGGUUGACUCGCAGAUUCGUCAAACCGAACGGCGGUUGGCCCAACCCGUUGGCGCCGCCACCCAGCACCGUCUUGAGAUCGAGCUUAAACGACUCAAGUCUCGACGGACAGAGUUGACCCGAGAUGUAGUUGAAAUUCAAGAACGAAUUGAUAAUCAACGAGAAGCCCAGGAAACGGCAUCCUCCAGUCAUGGCCCCGGCAAGCUCCCGAACGAGUCUCGACGCGAAUACCUCCUGCGAACCGGAAAGAUCACACCUUUUGACCCCAUGAAUAGCGCUACAUCGGAAGGACCAGCUGCCGCUUUACAUGACGCAUUCCUCGGCGCAGAAGAUGAGCAGCGAGAGGAGGAAGAGCGGGAGCGAGUCCGUCAUGAUGCAUCCCACCGCAACCUUGCUCGUCCUGGCCUUGGCUUUGAACAUAGGAUUCUACAUUAUGGCAGUGCAAAGCGUCGCAAGCGUGAUGCUCGGCCCUUAUCUUCCGAAUCGACCCCUGAAACAACUCCAGAGCGCCCGAAGAAUCGCAAGACCCGAGUCCGAGCCCCAACCUCCCCCGCAUCUUCUGCAAGUUACGUUGCAUCCGAUGAUGCUAGCUCAGUGUCUGAUUACAUGCCCGAUAUACUUCCGGAGGAAAAGCCGACCGGAAAGCGCAAGAGGGUUGGAGAUACAAGUUUGACGGACGAAACCGAAGCUGAAGAUCUCAGUGGCGUUGACGAUGGCAACGAGUCUAUCUACCGGGAGCGGUUGAACACGUGGACUCAAAAUCGUAGCGCUGCUCGUAGACACGAAGGGACCGGCGAAGAAGAGAAUGGAGAGGAACCGGAAUGGCGCAAACCGCACCCAUCAUUUCCAGAUCUGGACCUUCCUAAUGGCCUGAGUGUUCCCGGAGAUAUUGCACAGUACCUUUUCUCAUACCAGAAAACGGGCGUGCAGUGGCUUUGGGAACUUCACCAGCAGUCUGUCGGAGGUAUUGUUGGCGAUGAGAUGGGAUUGGGAAAGACGAUCCAGGCAAUUACCUAUCUUGCCUCCCUUCAUCAUAGCGGAAUGUACGCGAAACCUACAAUUGUUGUCUGCCCAGCCACGCUCAUGAAGCAAUGGGUCACUGAGUUCCAUAAUUGGUGGCCCCCACUACGUGUAUCGAUUUUACAUUCGUCUGGAAGUGGCAUGUUGAAUAUUAAGAAAGAAAACAACCGCGAAGAUAUGCUAGCAUCAGAGAUGAUGGGAGCUUCCAGCCGAUGGCUCUCAUCUGGCCAGAAGGCAGCUAAGAAGGUCUUGAAGCGCGUUGUUGAGGAGGGUCAUGUUUUAGUGACAACCUACUCGGGGUUACAGUCAUACGCGGAUGCGCUUGUUGAUGUUGAGUGGGGAUGUGCAAUCCUUGAUGAAGGUCACAAAAUUCGCAAUCCUGAUGCUGGCAUCACUUUUAGUUGCAAGGAGCUACGUACGCCACAUCGUAUCAUUCUGUCUGGAACCCCCAUUCAAAACAGUCUGAUUGACCUUUGGUCGCUCUUCGACUUUGUCUUUCCUAUGCGCCUCGGAACCCUUGUCACUUUUAAAAGUCAAUUCGAGAUCCCUAUCAGGCAAGGUGGAUAUGCAUCCGCAUCCAAUUUGCAGGUUCAAACCGCCGCGAAAUGUGCCGAGACGUUGAAGAAUGCCAUCAGUCCUUACCUUCUUCAACGGUUCAAGACAGAUGUUGCCUCCGAUUUACCAAAGAAGACAGAGCAGGUUAUAUUUUGCAAACUCACGCAAUACCAGCGUAGACUUUACAAGGACUACCUUGGAUCAGAAGACGUUAAAUCAAUUUACAAAGGGAAAAAGAAAUCAUUCUCAGGCAUUGAUAUCCUUCGAAAGAUUUGCAAUCAUCCAGACCUUGCGGACCGGCACCUUGGCGUCCACGAAGCAGAUUAUGGCAAUUUGGACCGGUCGGGUAAAAUGCAAGUUUUGAAGAGCUUGUUAGAGCUUUGGAAGGAUACGGGACACAAGACUUUGCUUUUUGCCCAAACAGUCCAGAUGCUGGACAUCCUAGAAAAGUUCGUUCGCUCCCUUGGUGGGUUCGCUAUUCGCCGUAUGGAUGGAGGAACGCCAAUUCCCAAGCGCCACGGCAUGGUAACUGAAUUCAACGUCGACCCUGACCUCCAUGUUUUCCUUCUGACCACGAAAGUGGGAGGCAUUGGUAUUAAUCUUACUGGUGCUGACCGAGUCAUUAUAUUCGACCCCGACUGGAAUCCAUCAACUGAUAUUCAGGCCUGCGAGCGCGCAUGGCGCCUUGGACAGAAGCGUGAUGUGACUAUCUUUCGGCUCAUGAUGAAAGGUACCAUUGAAGAGAAGAUCUAUCAUCGCCAGAUUUUCAAACAGUUUAUGACCAAUAAAAUCACCAAGGAUCCGCAGCAACGGGAAAACUUCCAACUCCAAGCUCUAUAUGAUCUUUUCACGCUCACAGAAGAAGAAGACGGCGAGCUAGAAACAACCAAACUUUUCAAAAAUGCAGAAGUCACAUAUCAAGAACCGGAGAAGGAGACUUCUUCUUCUAAAUUUGCGAUUAGGAAGAGUCGCCGGAAUAGCCAUUCUGGAUCUAAACCACCGGGCCUCAUUACUCCCAAUAUCAAGACUGAAGAUCAAUCCGAUGACCUUGGCACAGUUUCUGGCAUUGCUAAUGUCGAACAAUUCAGAGGUGGCGCGCGUAAUGAAACAGAGAUAGAUGGCGAGGACGCCACAAGGGACGCGGACACCAACCAGAAUGGAACUGGUGAAGAUCGACUUAUGCACAGCAUCUUUUCUCGCUCAGGUGUUCACGCUGCCCUGGAACAUGACCAAAUCAUAAAUGGAAAGCGUGUCAUCAAAGCCGACCCCAAGAUGGUUGAAGCCGAAGCUCGCCGUUUUGCAGACGCGGCUGCUGCCAACCUCGUUAAAGCUGAGGAAACCGCCCGUUCUGUCCCCAUCGGGCUUCCCACCUGGACUGGUCAAUUUGGUAUGGCUGGUCGAGAUACUGGUGGAAGCUCAGCACGGCGUGGUCGAGGUGGGCCAUCCUCUGCGGAUCUCCUUACAAGGCUUAACCCUGGUGCCGCAAGUGCCACCCAACGAAAUAGCCCUGCUCCUAGUACAGGUCGUAUGCCCCGAGGCGAGGAAUUUAUUCCAUUGAUCAAAGAAUUCUUCCGGUCGCGCCGUGGACCCGUAUUGUCACAAGUGAUCAUUGACCACUUUAAUCACUAUUGUCCAACUGAACAACGCCAGAAAGAAUUCUACGACAUCGUGAAAGACGUGGCUAAGCUUGAUAAGGAUUCUCGAGGUCGUGGCGUAUGGAGUCUGAAACCUGAAGCUGCGGCAAGAAGAAGGGCAAUUUGA